UUUCUCUAAUGGGUUUCCGGAUACCUGUACCUGCUUCUUGUCUCCAGGUCAGGGAGCAAAUGGAAAACAUCAGUCGUUGAUAUAUUUUCUCUGUAUGAGCUGCACAUAUUCAAUAGGCAAAGGGAGGGACCUGUUAUAUCUGAUUUAAUCCUGUGUGAGAAAGAAAAACAUACAUCUAAAAGGCCUGCCCCUUUAUUCAACAAGUUAGGGGCUGGAGUUGUGCUGUGCUUGGCUGGAUCACAGGCAGCUCCUUCUCAUCAGGCUACUGUCUUAUUAGAAAUCCUUCAGGCACCGACAAGGUGACACAUUAACAGCCCACAACUCCCUGCUUUGUUACAAUCUCUAUCUCAUGGCAUUCACAGCACAGGGAGCCGGGAAUUAAACAAGAAAAUCUCUCUCCAGUCUCAGUCUCCCACUGGCAGGAUCCCACUGAAGCACCAGGGGCUGCGUUGUGAGUCUCUUUCCCUUGGAAACAAGAGCUGACACUUGCAGGAAGCGCAUGGCAAAAAUGGAACAAUAUUUUGGCAGAACUUUUUACCAUGAAUUGAAACUUCCAUGACCUUUCUGGAAAGAAUUCAUCCGGCAAUAAGAUGGGAAAUAAAUCAGAUGCCUCAGAGUUUUAUUCCUCCAUAUCGAAAACUGAUGACAUUGUGUUAGGAGUCAUAUAUUCAGUAUUUGGCCUGCUGUCUCUCUCUGGUAACUCCAUGCUGCUGUUGGUGGCCUAUCGAAAACGCUCCAUCCUGAAACCUGCCGAGUUCUUCAUUGUAAACCUUUCCAUCAGUGACCUGGGCAUGACUGGGACCCUGUUUCCUCUGGCGAUUCCAUCAUUAUUUGCACACAGGUGGCUGUUUGAUAACGUGACGUGCAAAUACUAUGCAUUCUGCGGAAUGCUUUUUGGACUUUGCAGCCUGACCAACCUGACGGUGCUAAGCUCAGUCUGUUGUCUGAAAGUCUGUUAUCCGGCUUAUGGAAAUAAGUUUUCUACUGCCCAUUCGCGAAUCCUGCUGCUGGGUAUUUGGGCCUAUGCAGGAUUGUUUGCUACAGCACCUCUGGCGGAUUGGGGAAAAUAUGGACCAGAGCCAUAUGGAACAGCUUGCUGUAUAGACUGGCAGACUUCUAACCAGGAACCCAAGGCUUUAUCCUACACCAUGUCUUUAUUUGUUUUCUGCUACCUCAUCCCAUCUUCCUUAAUACUCAUCUCCUACUCACUCAUAUUUGUCACUGUGAAAGGGGCCAGGAGGGCUGUCCGGCAACAUCUAUCCCCACAAGCUAAAGGAAGCAGCAUCCACAGCUUGAUAAUAAAGCUUAGUAUAGCAGUUUGCAUUGGGUUUCUCAUAGCCUGGACUCCGUAUGCUAUUGUGGCUAUGAUAGCAGCAUUCGGAGACCCUCAGAAAAUUCCGUCACUGGUGUUUGCCCUUGCCGCGGCAUUUGCCAAGUCCUCAACGAUUUACAACCCAAUGAUUUAUCUGCUCUUGAAGCCCAAUUUCCUGAAUGUGGUAACUAAAGAGUUGACAUUACUUCAGACCAUGUGUGCAGUGGUUUGUGGCUGGUGCCGGACACCCAUGGUCAGAACUCCAUGUCCACACAAAGACCUUAAAACCACCUCAAAACCACCGGACAAUUUUAAGGAAACCCAAGACAUAUGCAGGAACUGUGCUGGCACUUUUGAAUGUUUUCGGAAUUACCCGCGAUGCUGCACUUUGGCGAAUGUUGAUUCUGCCCAGCCCAUGGCAGCCUCUCUCGUCAGAAUGCCUCCCGCAAAUGGUGCACCCCAGCAAACAGUUCAACUUGUUGUAAGUUCAUCAAGGACAAGGUCUGGGGUGGAGACUGUUGAGGUGUCCGCUGGGGCCCUAACGUCAGAUUUCAUAAAAGACUUUAUCUGAGAGUUAAACAUCUCUGGGAUCUUCAGGAAAAUGUCUGUUGUACUGAUAUUAAAAUAUUAAAGUAUUUUUAACUCAUGACUCGGCUGCUGUGUUUAGCAUCAUAAUAAACAGGAACUCAAGUCACGCGUCACAGACUAACAGCAGGAGGCACUGGGGAAGUUGUUAGGUUGUGACACUUAGGGAUUCCACUGAUCCGACAAACUGACUACAGUAUAAGUUAUCCCAAUAGCUUGACUUGAUUUGCUUGCAGCUGGAAAAGUGGAUACUUUAAUAGAACCCAUGUACAACUGACCCAACACUGUGCCUGCUAGUGCCAUGAACACAUAUAGCAGUGGUAACCAGUCCGCCCGCUGGGCCCCCCUAGUCCGAUUCUAGUGAUACCACCCUGAUUGUAUUAAAGAUAUGGGAUCCCUUAUCCAGAAAGCUCUGAAUUACAGUUAGGCCAUCUCCAAUA